AACUCCAGUCUUCACUAGAAAAUGGAGCUAAGUGGGUUCGUAUUCGUAGCACUGCUUAAUUUCAUUCCCUUUGGAUGCAGCAAGUUGGUUGAUUUUUGCCAGCUGCCUUACUGUGGAACCGACAACCUAGCCUGCAAUAACCCAUCGAAAUUCAGCGUCAUGUGUCCCCCGAAUGCCAGAACCCUUUCCAUGACGACCUACCGAAAUUUAUUGCUAAGUGCCUUCAAUGAGUUUCGCAACUAUACGGCGAGCGGAAAGCAAAAGUAUCUAAAGGCAGCGGCGGCACGAAUGUGCCGAUUGAGUUACUCAAUUGAACUGUAGGAUCUAGCCCGACUGGCGGUCAUCACGUGCUCCACGCACAAGUUUUGCCUGAACUCACCGGAAUUCUAUUAUGUGGGUACCAAUAUAGGUUCCAACUACUAUUUGGGUAACUUGAACGACUACGAGGAUCUAGAACUCAUGUUGCGGAUUAUACAGGAUUGGACCAGAUAUGCGGACUAUAUCAACAUUAAAAUGGGUCUCUAUAUGCCGACAACUUUGGAGAAAAGUGGAAUUCCAAAUGCCCUACUCCUGAUGGCAGAUCGGAACACCCAUGUGGGCUGUUCGGCUAUGAGAUUCACGGUGAACUCCAUCCACAACUUCGUCUUCUUGUGCGCCUUCAGCACCGAUCUCUUCGUGGAGCGACCCAUUUACCGGAUGUCUAUGAGACCAGGAACUGCUUGCAAUCGCUUGGAUCAAACAUAUUCAGCACUUUGUGCUGUUGGUGAAAAUUACGACAACAAUAAGCCCGUGCUGAAUGCAAGGGUAUUCCAGUUGCCCCUCAAUUUAUCCAUGGGUCGACAAGCUUAUGUGCCAGCCACAUAGACCAAGCUUUAAGUAAACUUUUAAAUUCGCGCAGCAGAAAUUUGUUUUUGUUUCUCGAGUUUUUUUUUAGAGUGCCGUUGGCCAGACAAAAGUACACGCCCCUGGAUACCCAAACAAAAUCAGCGCACAAAAACAAAUAGUUUUCACCCAGACGUGGUCAUGGAAGAGGAGGAGCACCAGCAGCAGGAGCAGCAGGAGCAGACAUUUCAGCGCGGCCUCGAUAAUCACAGGACACAUUUGCAUAUAAACACGCUUCCGGGCUGAUGUCCUUCGCAUGCAAAUGAAAACAUUAGCGAGGCACACGCGCAUCCGCAUCAGCGUUCGCAUCUGCGAGAUGCAGAUACAAGGCCAGGGGCAGAUGCAGAUACAAAUGACAUUCGUAGCUGUCGCUGUCGCCUCUUCCCUGCUUAAAUAUAUAUUUCAAUUAAAAUUUUACACACGAAUAAAUGCAAAGCCACGCCCAGCACAUUAGAUCCCCCCGCUCGCUCCAUCCGACGAAUCCCAGUCGCAAUCCCCUCCAGUUCUCACUCCUCCAGCCCUUGCGAAUGCGGAUGCUCCGCUGGCAGUGUCCAACUUGUGUCGCUUGUUUUUGAGCGUCUGAAGGCCACGAGUGCAGACAGCAGACACGGACAUGGCCAUAAAACGGUCCCGGUUUAUCCGGAGGGUGUACGAGGUUGAGAUACGUUGUGGAUGCGGAUGCAGAUGGGGCACAGGGAUCAGCGCAUUCGAGAAGGCAGCCAAUGGAGCAUGCUGCUGAAUGUCAACGGAAUUAUUCAAAAGUUUCACGGAGGAGACAGAACAGCGGAUCCCAUGAAACGAUGAGUUUGGCAUUGUGACAAGACGAACUGGGUGUCCCAAAAGGGCCAAUCAUGGAUGCGUAGGGAUGGGCAUAAGGAAAUUAGUAGGCAGUAUGGGAGUUGGAUAUCACAUUUUGAUUUUUAAGAACUCUAUUCAAAUCAGGUCAAAAACAUUCUUAAUGCGUGGAUAUGGAGACUAAGCUUAGGGACUAGCACUUAAAGUUAUUUCCAAAUAAUAUGAAGUGCGUAUUUUAACUACUCAACUUCCAGCCUUAUCAUAUAAUUUAUGUGGAUGCACCACCACUCAUUUUUCUCCGCCAGUCUCUCAAUCCGCCAUUAUGAUGGUCUCCAUUUCGAGAGCAGUCCAGAGUCAACCAUGAACUUGAACUUGCGACUGUAAUAAUAAUAAUAAUGCAGAUCCCGACUGACAAUCCCAGUGCCUUCCCACUUUCAGUUGGAGCUGGGCAGCUUUUAUUCCUUUUUCAUAGCCAGCGCAUCCUCAUUCCGUCUGUCCUUGCCGUCUGUCUGCGGCCAUUGUCUGGCUUGCAUUUCAAAUUCUAAGCAAAUUUGUCGACCCAGGACCCAAGAGAGGGGAUGGAGAUGGGGAUGGGUGUUGGAGUGGAGUUGCAGGAUCUGAUUCCUGGGUGUGAGCAGGCGCAACAUUUUAUGAGCGUGCCCGCGAUGCAGCGAGCCAGAUAUGACCAGCAAACGUCUGCUUGGCGGACUCCAACUGCUCCAGUUUCCAGGGCAACCAUUUCAAUGGCUUUUGCUUUUACACUCAGAGAAAAAUAUCCUACAAAAUUUAAUGUUCCAAAUAUGAAAUUUAAAGAAUUAUUAGGGAAGAAAAUUAUAUGCUUAAGCACUACGGGAUUGAGGUCUAAAAGUCAGCAUCUAAAACUUUUGUAUUCGAUUGAUUCUUUUUCGCUCAGUAUUGGUGGACUGCUGGUGGUCUGCAAUGGUGUUGCGUCUGCUGCUGGCACACAAAGAUGUCCCGGUGUGAUUUAUCGCCGGCAGAGCCGGGAUAAUGGCCACGUAUUAUAAUAUCUGGCGCGCCCACAGGGCGUAUGCUUAUCGGAGUCGACACCGCCAACGACAAGGACGGCGAUGUGGCCGUCAAGGUCUAGACUCUAGACUCCUGUGGUGCAGCUGGUGGCAGCGCCCAGGAUUUCGCUCUCCGUUGCUCCUUCGUCCUUGCAGUUUCAUUUGCAUUUCCCCGUGAGCGGAAAACUGCAUGCAGUUUAUUAAAUAGAAACGACGCUGAAAAAAAGGGUCUGCGAAGAAUUAAGUACAUCAUUUCGAGCCGGCUUGAUUGUCGGCUGCUUUUGGCGCAUAUCCUGUGGGUAGGACACACACUCGCAGUGGCCGGAUUCUGUGCCGCAGCAAUGUCUUCUCCAGCUCCUUCUCAGCCUUCUCGGGCAGCUUAAAUCGUGAGCCAAAUACAUAAAAUCUACGCAUGUAUGUCUGCCAGCUUUUUGAUGUGUGAGUGUAUCUCUGCCGCAUCCUUUUCCACUUAAUGCCGACUGCAUUGUGCCCAGCUACACACAUGUGCAUACUCGUGUGUCCUGGCUCGGCUUUGUAUGUAUUUGAUAUCAUUAAAAUUUUGAGCUUGCCACUGCAGUGGCAGCCAAAGAACCAGACCCAGCAUCAGCAGCUUGUCCUUGCCAUUGGUCCUUUCCAUUGUCCCGUGGUCCUUUUCCCGGCCCCUGAUCCUUCAAGCGUCUGGCCAAACAUGAAUAACAAAGUCUGGCAGUCUCCCCGGAAAAAAGAACGAAAACUAUGCAUUUAUGAUAUGUAUUUUCAAGUUUAUUUGUUCAACGGACUUUACACUGCUCGAGCGAGUUAAAAUAUUUCUGCAUGUAUGCACAAGUUUUGGGAAUUAGGAGGAAUCCAGAUUGAAUCGAGGUGGGGCGGUGUAUUCGUGCCUUUUCUUUCCAUCGCUUUAAAUUUUACUUAAUGCUUAAAAUGCCGAGAUACUCGUUCGGAAUCCUUCAAAGAGCAAGAAAGAAACAACCACAUGCCCAAAGUGAAGUUUAAUUAAAUUUAAAUCCAAAUGGGACUUAAUAUCCAGUCUUUUUCGUUCAUAAUUAAAAAAUACGCAAUAUCCGAUUUUUCAAUAACCGAGUGGAAGAAAAACUGAGCAGCAGAAGGAAAAAGUCCUGCUGAUGUCCUGUUCACGGCCAUGGCCACCGUCAUCGCAGGAUCCCCCCGCCAGGAUGAGAAUUCGAUUCGAACGAGUGCGACUGAUAGGCGACGACAAGGACACCGACUGCCGGUUGCAAAGGACAAGCGGGCGUAACUCAAUCUGCGGAUGUGCAAAAAAGGAAUAUCCAACCCGACGCACUGCCGCAGGACAAUGAUAGCAGAAUGUGCCCAGUCCGGCCAAAGAGAAAGCGCUGUAAAAACUCACACAAAAUAAAACCAAUCUGGUGGCCAUUUGCUUAUAUACCCUGUACAGAAUUGAGUCGUAUCAAUAACCGUUUUUAGAAAAAGUCAGAAAGUAAAGAUUAUAGGUAAAUGGGAUAUUCAGCAUAUUCUUUUAUUCUAAGGUAAUAUUACUCAAAUGCAAAAUUUAAUGCUAUUAUAUCAUUAAAAGUAAUAAUGUGCAAGGAUUAUUUGUAUGUUACUUUUUAUUGGAUACUUACCUUUAAAAUAUUUCUUUGUUUUAUAAAAUUGAGUGGAAAACAUUAGUCCAUAAAUGAAUCGUCAUUACUAA